CCACAAUCUACGAUGGCUGAUACAACAGAAUUUUUCUUAGUACAGGAGGGUAUUAAACGGAAUAAAGAAUCGAUACGUCUUCAGGAUUCUAUAGGAUUGAUGAUUUGGAACCGCGCACACGCAGAGUUAACAUAUCUUCAGGAAAUUGAAAGCUGGAAGGACAAAGUCCAAAGCGAAGAAUGUGGCGAAGAGUAUGAAGGCAAAGGAGUUUUUGAUUUCGUAAAGCCUGUCUUGACUGGAGAGGCAGACCGUGCUGCCGAGAUCCAUAGAAACAUCUAUGAUAAACUGAUGUCAAAAACAGGUCCUUAUCAAAACAUUAUAAAACACACUAGAAUGGAGCAGGAAACUAGUAAAAGAACAAGGCUGAAGGAAAUAGAGGAGGAAUUCAAUUCAUUCAACAUGAGGCGUAAUGAACUGGAAAAUACUGUUAAAAAACAAACACAGUCUUUAGACAGCAUGAAAUUUCGCUUAGACGAAUUGGAACAAAAACUGUCUAAACGAAGUAGAAUUACAGAUGGAAGGCGUUCUGCAAGGGGCAUGCGCAAACUAGAUUCCAUCAAUGCUCAAGUGUCUCAUUUACGAAAACGCAUCGAGACUACAUCUGCGGCGCGCCUAAAAGACGAUGCAGAACUUCAGGACCUUAUAACUAGCAAAAAGAAGACUCUGAAGAAAAUGUUUCAAGAGCUCAAAGAAUUGGAUAAAAGAAGGCUUGCAGUAAUUCAUGAAGUCAUUAUUCAAUACGUAAAGCAAAUCAUCCCCCCAAGUGAUGUAAUCCGUGAAAGUAUUAAAGAGGUACCCGAAAUAUCCAAGAACCUGCAAACAAUAAAUAUUGAGGAAAUUCACAGUCAGAACUGGGAUAAAACAGAGAACAGAGCAAGACUCAAGAAAGCAGGGCUUGUGAUGGGGUUUGAUAUGUUUCUGGUGACCAAUCCAUCUUUACGAACUCAGGAUCUGGACCUCACAGAACAAGGGAGGAAAGCCAGGGACAGAGUGCAAACCAUGAGAGAAAAGAUCCCACAGCUGCGUUCCCUAUCCCGUGAAAAACUGGAGAACCAGCCUCAGAAAUCAGAGAGCAUUCAUUCAGCUCAGAGCAUUACUUCUUGUCCCUCAGAUUCUAACACGAAUCGGAAUAAAACAGCUGUCAUGAAAAAGCCAUCCAUGCUGGUGUCAGAAUGGUCAACAGAAGAGUCAAAUCUUGAACUAGAAACGAUUCAAUUAGUAAAAGACACAAAAUGUCGCCUCCCGACCCCAUUCUCAGUGAAGCCUUUUUGUGUAAACGAGGAAGUUGCGGGACCUAGCAAAAGCAUAGAGAAAGUCUGUCUGCUCAGAAGCGACGAGGAAGACUCAUCUGUGGUAGACAGCAAUGAUGAGAGCGACGAGAGAAGUGAUGAAAAUUCCGCUAAAUCAAAUUUUGGUAACAUUUACGAUGAUGAUGAAGAUGAAGGGUUUGAAGAUCCGUCCUCCUCCAGAAAUCAUGUCGUGGAAUUUGAUUCAAAAAAUGUCCGCCUGUACUCCCGAUUGAAUGUUGAUCACCCCGAGAGUAUGGUGCCAACUCUUGUAGAUGGUGAUAUAGGAACAUUGAGGAACAUCCGGGUAAUUGCCAACAGGAAUUACAAAGCUCGGACCAGUAACGAACUCAAUCUGAAGAAAGGGCAAGUCAUCAAACAGAAGAUAGGAGAAAACGAGGACGGUUUUGCAUAUGGAUGGACACGUGAAAGUAAACUGUCCUCCAAGCAGUACGGCUGGUAUCCAAUAAGUGUCGUGUCUUACAAGUGAAUUCCCGACAUCGAAAAAUUCUCUGAUAAAGCUGGAUUGAUUGUUAUAAAUUUCAUGCAUAAUGACACAUUUAUAUAAAAAUGAAAACAAAGGAAAGUUAUAAACUCAAGUUUUUAAUGAAAAUGAGAUCUUAAAAUGAAAUUUUGAUGGAGAGAAAGUGAAAUGAAUGAAUUAUGUUAAAGUCGGAUGAAAAAAUCUCUUUGGUAAUGAUAUACUAUUUGGAAUUUGAAUUCUUGAUCGCGGAAACUGUAAUGAAACACACUUGUGCAUGUACAAAAUAAAUGAAUCAUGA